AUGAAUUCAUGGAAGCCUUUGGUAACUGCAGCUGUUAUUCCAACACCAAUGUACAGUUUACCUUUAUGUUCUGUACCUGUUAUUGUAGAUCUUCAGGUUAUAAAUACAUCUGUGUAUACUUACACUAAUCCAGCUACAGGUUUAUCACCAUUACUAGCUGAAACAUUAUUUUCUAAAGCUCCAGUAUCUAAUUAUGCUUACAAUGAACCAAUAAUAUAUUCUGAAGAUCAAGUAUUGCUUACUAAUUACAUAAAUAAGAGCAAUACAGUAGUAUAUGAAAAUAGUGAUGCUGAUGAAUCUAUGAAUAAUACAAUUACAAGUAAAAAUAUAUAUAUAUUAGAUCCUCUGGAGGCUUAUUUGUCAUUACCAAGAGAAUUAUUUCCACCUGCAAAUAUGAUAUUGAUUGAUCCCAAUCCUGUUAUUGAUGAAUUUUGUAAAGUUGAUAAUAUUGUUAAUCACGCACCCUGGUUAUUAGAUUUGGAAUUUGGUAUACCCAAAGCACCGAUUACACGUCCAUUGCCUGUUUAUAAUGUUAAAUUUAGUAGCAUUAACUGCAAAAAUGCUCCUGAUGCUAUUCAUCCAGGAUUUGAAAGCUGUUCACCAGAGUUUAGAAAAGUAUUAUUGUUUUACUACGACUGUAUUGUGUCCGUUUGGUAUAGAGGUUACAUCCAAAUGAAUUACGAUAAAUCUGUUGAAAAUUUUCAAUCGUGGUUACUACUGCCGAUGCAAUUACUUGGGAUGUGCUGGCCAUAUAUUUUGCAUACGUAA